CCUUUCCUCCCUCCCUCUCUCCUUCCCUCCCUCCUUCCCUCCCUCCCUCCCUCCCUUCCCAGCGCCGCCGUCCCGAGCCGGGGGGGCCCCGCCGCCCGCCGCCCCUGUCCGGCCCCGCGCCUCGCCCCGGCCCCGGCCCGGCCCGGCCCGGCCCGGCUCGGCGCCGCCGCCCCCCGCCCGCUCGCCCGCCCGCCCCGGCCGCGUCGGAGGGCCGGCAGCGGGGCUGGAUGUGCCCGGCUCCCCCCGCGCUGAGGCGGGCAGCGAUGCAGAAGGCAGGCGGCAGCUUCGCCUCCGCCGAGAGACACCCGCUCAAGAUGGCAGAUGUGUGUUGAGUUUGGGGGGCUGCGAUCUCGCGUCGUUCGUGGCGGCGUUGCCAUGAAUAACAGGCGUCCUUGCACCGAUGGCCCCCAUGUACGAAGGUAUGGCCUCGCAUGUGCAAGUUUUCUCUCCUCACACCCUUCAGUCAAGUGCCUUCUGUAGCGUGAAGAAACUGAAAGUGGAGCCGAGUUCGAACUGGGAUAUGACUGGGUACGGCACACACAGCAAAGUCUACAGCCAGAGCAAGAACGUGCAGUCCUCCCAAGCAGCCGCCGCAGCAGCCGUCAACGCCUCCCUCCAGAUCCCCAAUCCGAGCAUCCCUUACGAACAGACCAUCAUCUUCCCAGCCAGCACGGGGCACAUCGUGGUGACGUCCGCCAACAGCACUUCCGGUGUGGUUGCAGUGUCUGGGCAAACACUGGGCGGGCCACACAACCUGAUGCGUCGCAGCACUGUGAGCCUUCUGGACACCUACCAAAAAUGUGGACUUAAGCGCAAGAGUGAGGAGAUUGAGAACACAAGCAGCGUGCAGAUCAUUGAAGAGCAUCCACCAAUGAUUCAGAACAAUGCCAGUGGGGCCACUGUAGCCACCGCCACCACCUCCACGGCCACCUCCAAAAACAGUGGCUCCAACAGCGAAGGGGAUUACCAGCUGGUGCAACAUGAGGUGCUCUGUUCCAUGACCAACACAUAUGAAGUGUUAGAGUUUCUUGGCCGUGGAACCUUCGGACAAGUAGUCAAAUGCUGGAAACGUGGCACUAAUGAGAUUGUGGCCAUCAAGAUCCUAAAGAACCAUCCUUCCUAUGCCCGGCAAGGCCAGAUUGAAGUGAGCAUCCUGGCUCGGCUGAGCACAGAAAGCGCGGAUGACUACAACUUUGUCCGUGCGUACGAGUGCUUCCAGCACAAGAAUCACACGUGCUUGGUCUUUGAAAUGUUGGAGCAGAACCUCUAUGACUUCCUAAAACAAAACAAAUUCAGUCCCUUGCCCCUUAAGUACAUUCGACCAAUUCUCCAGCAGGUAGCAACUGCCCUAAUGAAGCUGAAAAGCCUGGGACUGAUUCAUGCUGAUCUCAAACCAGAGAACAUCAUGUUGGUAGACCCAUCCCGACAGCCAUAUAGGGUCAAGGUCAUAGACUUUGGUUCAGCUAGCCAUGUGUCUAAAGCUGUGUGUUCUACCUAUCUUCAAUCCAGAUACUACAGAGCCCCUGAAAUCAUCCUCGGUUUACCGUUUUGUGAAGCAAUCGAUAUGUGGUCGUUGGGAUGUGUCAUCGCAGAGCUGUUCUUGGGCUGGCCAUUGUACCCGGGAGCUUCAGAGUAUGAUCAGAUUCGCUAUAUUUCACAGACACAGGGCUUACCAGCAGAGUAUUUGUUAAGUGCAGGGACAAAGACUACGAGGUUUUUCAACAGGGAUACAGACUCACCGUAUCCUUUGUGGAGGCUGAAGACGCCAGAUGAUCAUGAGGCAGAGACGGGGAUUAAGUCGAAGGAAGCAAGAAAGUAUAUUUUCAAUUGUUUGGAUGAUAUGGCACAGGUAAGAGCAUUGGUGAACAUGACAACAGAUUUGGAAGGAAGUGAUAUGUUGGUGGAAAAGGCGGACCGGCGGGAGUUUAUAGAUCUGUUAAAGAAGAUGUUGACGAUAGAUGCAGAUAAGAGAAUAACACCCAUUGAAACUCUGAACCACCCUUUUGUCACCAUGACGCACUUGCUCGAUUUCCCUCACAGCACACAGUGUUUAUGGCACAGAUCCAGUUAUCAAGAUAUUACCUCUAAGAGAAGGAAGAUGACCAUCGUCAAGUCCUGCUUCCAGAACAUGGAGAUUUGCAAGCGGCGGGUGAAUAUGUAUGACACAGUGAACCAGAGCAAGACGCCAUUCAUCACCCAUGUAGCCCCAAGUACAUCAACCAACUUGACCAUGACUUUUAACAACCAGCUGAACACAGUCCACAACCAGACCACCAACCUGGCUCCCACCUCCUCCAGUGCCACUAUUUCCUUAGCCAACCCCGAGGUCUCCAUACUAAAUUACCAAUCUGCACUCUACCAGCCCUCAGCGGCGUCCAUGGCUGCGGUGGCCCAGCGGAGCAUGCCCCUGCAGACAGGAACAGCGCAGAUCUGUGCCCGGCCCGACCCCUUCCAGCAAGCUCUGAUCGUCUGCCCACCAGGCUUCCAAGGGUUACAAGCCUCCCCUUCGAAGCAUGCUGGGUAUUCAGUUCGGAUGGAGAAUGCCGUUCCCAUUGUCACUCAGGCUCCUGGCGCCCAGCCUCUUCAGAUCCAGCCAGGACUCCUCGCACAGCAAGCGUGGCCCAGUGGCACUCAGCAGAUCCUGCUCCCUCCUGCCUGGCAGCAGCUGACCGGGGUGGCCACCCACACUUCUGUCCAGCAUGCGACCGUCAUCCCAGAGUCCAUGGCGGGCACCCAACCACUGGCAGACUGGAGAAACACCCACGCUCAUGGCAGCCAUUAUAACCCCAUCAUGCAGCAGCCUGCGCUGUUAGCUAGCCAUGUGACUCUCCCCGCAGCCCAGCCCGUCAACGUCGGUGUUGCUCACGUCAUGCGCCAGCCGCCCGCCACCACCACCUCCACCAGGAAGAGUAAGCAGCACCAGUCAGCUCCCCGAAAUGCAUCCACCUAUGAAGUUUCAUCCUCUCAAUCCAUCAGCUCGCCUCAGCGGUCAAAACGAGUGAAGGAAAACACUCCUCCCCGCUGUGCCAUGGUGCACAACAGCCCUGCCUGCAGCACCUCCGUCACGUGCGGCUGGGGCGAUGUGGCGACCAGCACCACGCGGGAGCGUCAGCGGCAGACGAUAAUCAUUCCCGACACCCCUAGCCCCGCAGUGAGUGUCAUCACUAUCAGCAGCGACACGGAUGAAGAGGAGGAGCAGAAGCAUGCACCCACCAGCACCUUGUCCAAGCAAAGGAAGAACGUCAUCAGCUGUGUCACCGUGCAUGACUCCCCCUACUCGGAUUCCUCCAGCAACAACAGCCCUUACGCUGUGCAGCAUCGUGCAGGGCAGAAUAACGGAAACACCUAUGACACCAAAGGGGUUCCAGAGACUCACUGCAGUGGGAACCCCCGAACGAUCAUCGUGCCACCACUGAAAACCCAGGCCAGUGAGGUGUUGGUAGAGUGCGAUAGCCUGGCACCAGUCACCACCAGUCACCACUCAUCCUCCUACAAGUCCAAGUCCUCCAGCACCGUGACCUCCACCAGCGGUCACUCUUCAGGGAGCUCGUCUGGAGCCGUUGCCUAUAGGCAGCAGCGACCAGGAGCACAUUUCCAGCAGCAGCAGCCUCUUAAUCUAAGUCAGGCCCAGCAGCACAUCACGACCGAUCGCACAGGGAGUCACCGGAGACAGCAAGCCUACAUCACUCCAACGAUAGCUCAGGCCCCGUACUCUUUCCCGCACAAUAGUCCCAGCCAUGGUACAGUUCAUCCUCACUUGGCCGCGGCUGCCGCUGCUCACCUGCCCACCCAACCCCACCUCUACACAUACACCGCCCCUGCCGCCCUGGGCUCCACGGGCACCGUCGCGCACCUGGUGGCCUCCCAAGGGUCUGCGCGGCACGCCGUGCAGCACACCACCUACCCCGCCAGCAUCGUCCACCAGGUCCCUGUCAGCAUGGGCCCGCGGGUUCUGCCCUCACCCACCAUCCACCCGAGUCAGUACCAGGCUCAGUUUGCCCAUCAGACCUAUAUCAGUGCUUCUCCAGCCUCCACAGUCUACACUGGAUACCCACUGAGCCCCACCAAGGUCAACCAGUACCCUUACAUCUAAACACUGGAAUAAGGAGCAAGAGACGCACCCAUCCCGGGGGAGUGAGGCGGCCGCUUUUGUACUGAAGAACAUGACAAACUAACAAUGCAAUGGGAGGCUCGCAUGAAACUUGAACGAAGGAGACUUUAAGGAAGAAAUGAAAAAGAGGAAAGAAGGGGGAGAACCAAUUCUACACUUUUUAUUUAAAAAAAAAAAAGAAAAUGGAAAAAAAGAACCGAAAAAAAAUAAAACCACAAAAAACCAACCAUUCUGCACCAAACUAGAGAGAGAGAGAGAAGCAGAAGGACCCUCCAGCGGGUCCUGUCUUUUGAAGAACUUCACCAAUAGACUUUUAAAGGUUAUUUUCAUCCAGUAGUGAGCUACAUUUAGAAAUUUGUUGUCCAGAACACCUAAAAUUAAAUCCAUUAGGUUUUUAAUCCAAUAGGUAUAUGGAUUAGGGAUUUAUCCAGCAUUUCAAAGGGUUUAUGCCCUAUCUUUGCAGUGGUCUCUCUGGUCAUAAGGUUUUGGGGUUUUUUCUGGAAAUAGAAAGUGGGUAAGGGAGGCUGAAGGAGGAGGAGAAAAAGUUAUCCCAGUGCUCUGAAUUCAGAUCUAGCUCCACUAUGCUUAAAAACACGUGGGCAAAAUAGGCCGUGCAGCACUGGUGGAGAGCAGAAGCAAUGGGGAUGUUUCUCCCUUUCCUUGAAGACACUGGAUAAAUCCCUGAGAAAUGCUAUUCAUAAAUGAGAUCUCUAAUAAUGUAUGUUGGAUUUCAGUUGCAUUUAAUUUUAUUUUAUUUGGAAAUUUUCCUUUUCAAACCCUAGCCGUUUUAGUAUAGGAGGAGACAUUUUAGCUGCCCACCCACCCCACCCCCUGGUAGAAUGUAGCACUAUACAGGUCAUACACCCUUUUUACUAUUUUGUGUUGAACUUCAACGAUACCAAUAGACUAUUCCUCAAUGUGAUUGCACAAAGAAAAGUGAUAUAACAUAGGCAUGUAACAAAUGUGAUUGUCCAGGUAUGUACGUGUGUGUGCGCGUGCGUGUGUGUGUGCAGAUGCUGCCUUCUCUCUGUGGUGUGUUCCUCGGCACAGCCAUUACAACUGUCACAGUCUUAGUUUUACAUCAUUCCCUCGUAGUGCCUUACCGAACUACAGACGCGGUUUAAGGGUUUACUUCCACUGGUACUCCUAGAAACUGACUGAGGCUAGUUGGAAUUUACUCUCAGCUCUUUUUCUUUUUUUUCUUCUUUUUUUCUUAUUUUUUUUGAGGUUGUUAUUGCUGAUUUUCUUCUGCUGGUGGUGGUGGUUUUUUUCCCACGUCGUCAAUCUUAGCUCACUUGGCGAGGUGUUGGGGAGGUUCGUAGGGGUUGGAAGUGUGUAAUAGCUGGGUGUUUUGUUGAGCACUGGAUGGGCUGGAAGUGACCAGGUUGGUUGUGAGACCCAGGGUGACUCCCAGAGGGUCUGGGGAUUUGUCUGUGGACUGGUCUGUUUCUAUCCUGUUGAAAUAGCAGGUUUCCUCCCCGGAAACUGAAUUCUCAGUCUGCUGUUUGCCGACGUUCUGGGUGGAAUGGGAGGACAGCGUGUCCUCCCAAGUUGUCAGGUUGUCCCAGUUGUGUGUCUGACAUGGGAACAAAACUUUAGUCUGUGAAAGGGUGAAACACUAGUUGUUGCCAACAUCUCUCACUAUGUCUGUUGAUGGGAGGGGGUCAGGAAAGGGCUGGAGUCCCAAAGCAAGCAUGAGAAAAUCCAGUUGAGAGAGUCAAACUCAGGUUUCUUAAGUGGAAAGAGUGGUGUAAUACAUCAGGCCUUACCCACUGUAACGUAGCUGUGACAGUGUGCGCUUCCCUACCUCCCUUUUCACCUGCGCCCCGAAAGAUUGCCUGAAGUGAUAGAGUAACCCUCGAACUGAGAGCACGGUGGUCCUGUGGGUCCUCCACGCCGAGGAACGCUACGUGGUCGUCUUGUUUUCUGACAGGUUUCUGAAGAGAGCCUCUUCCACAGCUGGGUUUGGUUGGGAGGGGAGUUUCGCUGGUAACAGCUGUUGCACUGGUGCAUCAAUAUUUGGAAGUGUCUCUAGAGCACCCAUGUCUGUAGGUGGCCUGGGGAGGAAGGAGAGAAGGGAGUUUGAUGGAAUGUUUCCAUGAAAGCUGAAGUCUACAUGGCUGCUCGGUUCCACUCUACGUUUCCCUGUAACUAGAGCAUGAAGUAUUCGGGUAUUUCACAAGAUGCUGGAAAAUAGCAGGUUCGUCAGCAGGGUGGUGAGGGGUGGGUUCCCUGGGUGGCAGUGAGGAAGGAGGCUCUCUCAGGUGGGAAAAGCUGACAGAAAGACAAGGACAAACAUAUUGUCUGGCGGUAAGUGCUUGGCUGGCCUGGAAGAAGAAGGGAUCCCGCUAUGUAUAGACGUUUCAACAAGGCUGUUCUCUUCUGGCAAACCACCAAAUAACCUCCCUGGUUGCCAGCUCUGGUUCCUGGGCUAUCCUUGCACAGUUUUCUUUUCCUGUCUGUCCUUCAUUCCAGCUCAAUAUACUGUAGAUGAGGAUGCAAUCUCCCAGCAGCCUACGCACCUUACCCCCGCUUCCUUUGGAAAGACAACAUGUCCCCUUUUGCCCGAGGCAGGAAAACAAAGCCCCGCUCUCUCCGUUGCAUUCCUCUCCUCUCCUACCAGUUCGGGAGCGAGAGUGUCGUGCUGCUUGUGUCAUGAAAAGGAAAGAUAAUGUUAUUUUAUUGUAUGGUUGUUAUGAUUAUGAUUAUUAUUUUAUUAUUAUUAUAUUUUACUCUGGGUUUUAAUUGCACACGCAUUCCUUAAUCUUUGUGUUAAUUUUUUUUUUCUCUUAGUGUUGUUGUUGUUAAUUUUAUUUCUCUUCAUCAGUGGCAUCAGAAGGAUUGCUGUGUUUGUGAAAACUGCAGGAGGAAGGGGAAACGAGAUUGUCUCGAGGCAGAAAACUCUGCCUCUAACGUAGGGGAGUGGGGCUGCUCUGUGAGAGCCCUCACAGCCCUGAGGGACAGGAGUUAUCCUCCGGGUCACAUCUGCAUUUCAGAAGCAGUCCGGAAACAUUCAUUCAGAGGCCAAAACCAAACAGCCGUUAACGUAAUGAUCUGUCAGGAGAGCUGGAUCAAAGGCAGGUAAGGGCCUUGGUGCCCUAGGAUCCAGCUCACCAUCACUUUGUUUGAUAGGACAUUUAUAUGGGAUCAAGACCUAUUUGUGCUCCAGGCCAUGAUCAUUGGGCCCUUUCAAUCAACCCAAGGCCACGUUAUGUGUUAAGGGUUUGGUUUUUCCUAAAGGAGAAAGCAGAUAGGUGGCUCUCCAGAAACAGGGCUAUCAGAGGAGCCGCAGCGGAGGUGUGAGCGCGGCUCUCAGUUCCAUCGCUGGAUAAAGGACACUGGUGCGGACGGAUGGCGUUGGCUGGGUAAAGCACGGCCGCAGACAGGGCAGCGUUCUUCACCUGCUCUUCCGCUCUCACUGACGAUGAAUCAGGUGUCUGCAGGGCUAGGAUGCUUGGUUUGCUUUUUUUUGUGUGUGUGUGUGUCCCUGAUGUAGAUUUUCCCUUCUUCUAUAAUUAUUUGUUGUGGAAUUUCUUAAGCUAUUCUUGUUGCUAGAUCUGAGAUAUUUAUGUUUUCAUUUGCAUUGCCUGCUAUGUUAGAAUGGGGGGAAGCAGUAACUGAAUUCAAACUCCAUAAAAAAAUGAUAGGACUUCAGCAGAGACUUAAAGUUAAUCAUGCACUUGAGUGCUUUGCUAAAGAACAGACUUAAACCCUUCAAAUUAAUUACUUGUUUAUGCGCUCCUCUGGCCUAGGACUGGCGAAGCGUGGAAGGUUGCAAUCUCAAUCACAGUAAUGUUUUACUUGUAUUAAUUGCGUUUUUCCUGCGUAUCCAUCUGACCUGCUCUCCCUUGUGGGCUCGAAUCUGACUUUGGGGGCCGUUUGGCAGCAGAGCUGUUAGAACGGCAGAUGCUGGCAGUGAGAAGGGGUGCAGUGCAUGUCGGAGGAGCUACCUUUCAUGUCGUUCAUCCUGGAGUUGCUGACCUGCCAGCCGUAGGUGGUCAGAUGCUCGUGGUGGUGGGACGCUGUGAUUGUGAGAGAUGCGCGGCACAGCCGUCAAAUUGCUUUGAUGGCGCAACACUGCGUGUUUUCUGGUGGGUACGGGGGAGCCCAGCAACACCUCCUCUCUCACACCUGUAUAAAGGCAUAGUAUGGAAAAAAGUGUGGUAUGAUUAGUCCCAGAGGAAACCCGAUCGUUUUAGAAGAGGAAGCAAAAGCUUUGCAUGCUGUUGGUGCCACAUACAUAAUAUCAGCCAGCUUGUUUUGCUCACAAAGUCCUUUGGAGAGGAAAUGGGAUUAGCGUGGUUGGGUUGAUGUUCUGUGUAUGCGUGGGGUAAAUGGCAGGGAAACUUGAGAGGGGAGGUGAAUGUUUAGAUACGGGAAGUUUUAUGGGUGGCUUAUGGCUGGCACAGUGAAAAAGCAGACCCUUUCGCCAUCAUCUCGUCUUACAUUCUUCUCUUGCGGGAAGCAGAAGGAAGCAUGGAUGUUGCCUCUCCUCAGAGACAGAUGUUCAAAUUCCUGCUGUGAAACCAGAAUGCAAGAGGGAGUGGAAAGAACCACUGACACGAGCAGAAUGGAAAGCCCGAACGGAAGCACUUCUCACUGCAGACUGGGCCAAAUCCAGUCGCUUGAGAAAGUAAAUGCAAUUGCACCUUCCUCAGCAGAGUUGUACUUGCUUGCACCCAACAAAUUGGGCCUUGGCAAGGUCUCUCUCUCUCUCUCUUUCUUUAGUAGUUUUGUUGUAAUACGUAAAACAUUCCAGGAAAGGGACACCUCUGUCUGUGACAUUUUUCCUUUUUUAUACUUUCAAGGGAUUAAGUCUUGUAAUUUGGUUUGAAGGCAAUUCCAUGAGCAAACUUGAAGGGCAAUUAACCUGUUUUUUUUCUUUAACCAAAGAUACUUCUUUUUUUUUUUUUUUUUUAAGAGAGGGAGAGACCUCCACCCACUCCAGAAAUGAAAUGAAGCCACCAGUCAUGACUGCCAGGCAGUGGGGAUACACUGUGGAACUCCAUCUUUCCUUUCUGUUCUUUUCCUUUUUCAAGUUUCUGUCAUCAUUUCGAGUAGCUUGCUUGACGAGCAGAGAAAUUCACACUAAAUAUUGCUGCUAUCCUAAACUGUAGGGGAUGUCGAAAACUUUAUUCUUCUCUCAUUAUUGUUCACAAUGAUUAAAGUGUUUCAGUGACAACAGUGCAGUGUGGAAAUGGUGAGCUGUGUAGUGGGGAUAAGCUUCUGGAUGCUCUGCAUGCUUCUGUAGAGUCUCCUUCUCUGGAUUUAGGAUGCUAGUUUUGUUCCAUGGGUCAGACCCCACAAGGUGCUGCUGUGGUCAGGCCUCCACACAGCUGGGCAAGGUUAUUGGGCUUACUCCUGUGUUCUUCCAUGUCUUGGCAAUCAGCCCAUCAGAGAUCUGCAGAGCUACUUGUGGGCCAAAUCCUGGAUACCUGUACACAAGGCCUGCAGAAAUAGUCUUUGUCGAGGGUAGGCAACGCAGAAGGGAAAAACGUGGGAAGGGAAUGAUUUCCCCCUUCCUGCUGACAGAGCUGCACCUGCUGUCAUCCUGUUUCCCAUGGGAGCUUCCAAGCAGUGGAUCCGCGGUCCUGGGCACUCAUCUGUGCCACCCCCGCUCCGUUCCCAGGUCUCACUGGUGCUCCUGUGAGGAGAGCCUGCGUCUGAUGUAUGCGGUGUCCCCGGCUUACUUCUUGUGGCCCGUUCCUGCACCUACGAAUCAUUUUGCUCCCUCCGUACUCGGGGAGAAGAUGGGUCUGUGCUGCCGGGGUUCCCCCACUGCCGUACUCUGGCAAAGCAGCCUCUGACGACGGUGAGAAUUCCACCCUGGCCUGCAGACGCUGAGCGAGGCGCCAUGUUUUACAGCAGUGCUCGAAGCCGUGGUGGCAGUCCUGUUGUAAAUGGCCGUGCGUGGGCUCUUUGCUGGAGUACUGCGUUGGACGGGAGGCGCUGGGCUCUCCGGGCUGGUCCCCGUCCCCAUGGUCCAUCCUUCCCACCCCCCCGGGAACGCCACUACCAGCGGGUGACGCCAUGAUGCCACCGCGCUCACCGCCCACCCCCGGGCACACAGCGGGACCCACCGCAGGGGCGGCCCCCUGAAGUAAGCGCAGGCAGCGUGCAGAGGAGCACUGCUAACCGAGGGCUCCGCGCUGGAGGUGUCUUUUCCCCCCCGUGACAAACGUAGUCGCUGGGGGUGACCCCAGAGGUGGUAGUUACCUGUGAGGAGCUGCUGAUGCACGUGGAGGUGUGAGAACCAGGCUGGAGGUAAGCGGGGCUGAGCUCUGCGCCUGUCAAAUGCUUUCAGUGGGAAGACGCGGUUUAGAGCAUUUGCGUGUGUCAAGAGUGAAAUUUGAACGGUAGAUUGGCUUGGUUCUUCAGAAGUGUUAGGAAGCAUACUAGGAGGCUUUGCGUUCGGCAUUUAUGGUUUGAAACUCCUGUUUCUCAUUUACGGGUUAGCUUUGUCCUUCCAGUUUUAGCAGUGCUGCUAUAACAGACUAUCCACGUGUGUUUGAAGGUAAAGUUUUUGUUUUUAAUCUUUUGCUUAUCAUAGUUAAUCUAAGAAAGGCAAUACUAAAGGUAUAUUUUUUUCCAAAAAUGAUAUUUUUUACUGCACUGAUAAAUAUUGUGACAUCUCUGUUCUUAACUCUUUUGCUGUGAGGGGAACCGUGUGCAGAUUCACACAAACCUUGUAAAUACUUGCGUGUACUUCUGACAGCCAGGGAUUUUAAUUUUUCCUUUCCUCCUCCUUUCCUCCUCCUUUCCUCCUCCUUUCCUCCUCCUUUCCUCCUCCUUUCCUCCUCCUUUCCUCCUCCUUUCCUCCUCCUUUCCUCCUCCUUUCCUCCUCCUUUCCUCCUCCUUUCUCUUCCUCACAAGGUUUCCUCUUUGAAACAGAAAGCAAUGGGGCAACAAUGCUCAGAGCAAAAGCAAAGCUUAUCCCACUUUCAGAACAUAGCCAAGGAGUUUUUGCAGUGCUGGCUUAGAGUUAAUAUUUAAUGCCGAUGUGUUUUGAUUUUUUUUUUUCCCAGCAAACUGUUUGGAAAGGAAUAAGACAGAUAGAAAAGCUUUGGUCUGGAAUUCUGAUCAGAAAUGUUACCCAUCUAUUUUAUGGCACCUCUGAUUUUUUAUUUCGUUUUCUUUUUCUUUAAAAAAAAAAAAAAAAAAAGGCUCGUUGCAGGCUUGCUCGCCUGAGCUCUAGGCUGGUCGGUGUCUGUCCCUGGGGCGCCUGGUGCUCCAGGACCACCGGCUCCUUUGGAAGCAAACCCACUGAUCAGCAUUCUGGAUUCUGAUUGCUACAAAGGGUAUCCCCCAGUACUGCGGGAUACCUUCGUUUUUUUUAAAGAAGGAUUUAGAUACACUUAUAUUACGCAAACUGUGACCUAAUGGCAAUAAUUACCUCAAAUGUGGGCAUUCAUCCUGGUUUUAGCCUUUUUGAAAACAUGUAGCCAGCUUGAACUUUGAUUCAAAGACUCUGAACUCUGCAGGGGCGGAAUAGCGAUAAAUGCCCACCCUGGUCAUUGUUGCUUGAGUGAAUUCUGAAGACAGUGAAUCUUUAAAAAGAAAAAAAAAUUAAACCAAGGAAUAGAUUACUCUUUUAUGUAUUUUAAUCAAUUGUGAUGUUAAAAUGCACAUGUAAGUAUAUAUGUUUAUAGCUACUGUAAAAUGCUUUGGCCUUCUAGAAGAUAUUUAAUGAGUCACAUUUUAAACCAAUAUGAACUGAAUAAUAGACUGUGGCUACUUAAACAGUUUUCUGGCUACAUUUUAUAGUUAUUACAGUGUUUUAUAGUUUACAUUUAAACUGGUACUUUUUAAGGGAAAUCUUGUGUUUGUAAGUGACACCUUCAAAAACUCAAUACAGCUGCCUCUUUUUAAUUUUGCCCGUUAAAAAUGGAAAAGUACAAGUGUGUCUUUAAUAUGUAUAUUCUGUUUUGAGAUAUAACAUAGUGUUGGAAAGUCAGUCCAGAGAUCAAGUAAUCCACUGUAUUCCAAAGUCUGGUCCAAAAAACCACUCCACCCACUCUAAAGUUUUAGUCCAACAGAUAAGCUAUUUGUUUGUCCACUUGUUUUAAUAACAUACUUUAUCAGGCUCCUUGGGUUGAAGCAGGGGGCACAAUACUAAAUUCACUGUUCUAUGUAGGAUCCUCAUCUGGAUGAAGAUACCCGCAUCAGGAGAAUGAAGGAUAUUCAAAGGAAGGAUUGUAUUGUACUGUCGAUAAAUCAUUAGCCAAACGAUUAAUUCCUGAGUUAGUGAAUGCCUGUUUUUAUUCUGUGGGGGGGUUUGUGUGUGUGUGUGUGCGUGUGUGUGUGACAGCCACUCUGAGGCAAUGCUGUAAUUUGGCUUUCAUCUGUUCACCCCUUUCUUACAAACGAUGCUUGCCACCGCAGAAAUGUUUUGAACCAGUAAACGAAAUACAAAGUUCACUGACCAUCUCCUUGUCAGCUCUGUUUUCUCAGCCCAUGCCGGUUCCCAUCAAAGCUGUUUCCCCGCUGUUGUUAUCCCGUACUUUGCAUUUUGAUAUAUCACAUUCCCCCCCUCCCCAGUCUCGCUUAGCUGUCUAGUUUUGUCCGUUGUGUUCUUUCACUUGGGUAACCAAUGAAGAUGGUAUACGUGUCUGCUGGGCAAAAUGGUACUUUGAGGUCAUGAAAGUACAGGAAUUGGCAUUUAAAAAUACAUUGAUGUACAUCUGAGGAACCGAGCUUCAGUCGUGGAGCUCGGGUACUCUCAGGAGGGCUCCUUACGUGUUUCCACCGUGCCUGACGGGGCUCUGUCAGUCAGCUUAGAGCAGAGGUAGUGAGAAGGAGCGAUCGGCGAUGCUUUGCAGUUGGGCGCCUGUGCUGCUCCCAGUACAAUCGGCGGCGGUGGUGGGGCCGGGAGAGCGCAACCUGCCGCCUCCUCCUCCUCCUCCCUCAGUACCAUUCCAGGGCUGCCGUGCCCACCCCGUCAUCCACAUUACCAAAGCGAUAACGUAUCAUACGGCGAGCCAGGACUGUCAGCAGCACUCGGGCCAACUGGAAAACGUCCGCCCUUUCUCACCGUGCACCGCCACCCAAAAAACCCACACUUAGCUGCCCUUGGCGCCUGCCCGGUCUUCUGUUCCCGUGGGGGGAGUCAGACCCGCAAAUACCAGCACACUCAAAUGAAGGAGCCACAGAGCCUUGUGGAAUACUUUGGCUUGCAGCUUGUUAGGCAAGAAGGGGUUUCCAACACUGGCUACGCACAUCCCGUAGGAUCCGAAUGGUUACAUAUAGCACCUCUGCCCUCAGCAAGGAAAUAAAGUGCUUCUGCAACGCUUCCACCUCACGUGGUUACGUACAACACUUCUGGCUUUUCUUUUUUUCCCCCUUUAUCCCUUAUGUGUUUGAUUUUUUUAAAUAUUUUUUUUUCCACUGUAUUCUUCUCAAAACAAAACUUCCACGGAUAUCCCAGGGCACAACCAUUUCAGGUGUAAAAAAGGAUCUCCUCAUCCCAUGUUUCACCAACAGAGCAAUCGAGGCAUUUUGGGUACCAGAUUCUACUUGGGCAGAACCAGAAUGUAGCCUGUAUCUUUCAUACCAAAUCAAAUUUCUGAAAGGAGAGGAAGUGUCAUUAAUAGCUUUAUUAAAGGAGUGUGUGUGAGAGAGAGAGAGAGAAAGAGAGGGAGCGAGAAAGAGAGAAGAAAGAGGGGCAUCUCGUAAGGUGAAGAGUCUAGACUUCGGGUAGUUAGAAACGAACCAACGGGUGAAACAUGUCUUUUUAUGAGCCGUAAAAUCCUUUUAAAAACAGGAGGCGGGAAAUGGAAGGAGUGUUUUCUGCCUUUCGACUGCCCACAAGCCCAGCGUACUCUGGAUGGAAAGUGGAAGUUAAUAUACACUGCACCAAAAUUAUUAAGGGGAAGGGGGGGGGGGGGGGAAAGCUGUGAAAUGCUAUCACAAUCGCAAGGGAAAAGAUGCCCCUGCCCCAGCUCUGGAUCUCGAGUGGUUCUUUCUCUACAGUAUCAUCUCAGCCCAGUAACCCCACGAAAGCCCUGAGCCGUUGUGUUCCUUCACUGUACGGUUUCUGUAAUAAGAGUGUUAAUCCAUGUUAAUCUUUGUGAAAAUUAUUGUGUGCAACAGUAUUUUCUUGUGUACUGCUUUUUUCCUAUGUGAAUUGUCCCUUUCUUUUUUCUUUUGGGUUUUUUUCCCCCUCCUUUUUUUCCUUUUUUUUUUUUUCUUUUGGUAAAUAUGUCUUUCUUCUUUUAAAAGAAAAAACAAAAACAAACUGAUGUGUUGUAGACCUAUAUGUAACCUAUUCCUUAGUCUCAUAUUAUAGGUAUGUUAUAAGAAUGGAUAUUUUACUUGGCUUUAGAAUGUUUUACAAGAAAACUAAUUCUUAACCAAUCAAGUUCUUGCUACUAAAAAAAAUGCUUGUGUUUUUCAUCAUGACGUUGUGUGCUUCUAAUUAAUAAUCAUUUUCGUUGUAGAAAAAUGGAGUGAAUUUAUAUUAGUCUUGGAAACUAAUAAUAGCAUUGUAAAUUUAUGAGAUGAUUUUAACAGAAGAUACAUUAUAGAAGAAUAUAGUUAUUUUAAUUGUAAUAUUACUAACUGUAGGGUGAGAAAGGAGGUCCCGUUGUGGUGAACUAUGUUAUAGCUUGUUAUUCACGGUUUCUUUUUGAUCAUUUUUUCGGUCUCUGAGGUGAAACGAGUUAUUAAUCAGAAUUUGUAAACUCACAUAUGCAUAUUGUAUAUGUGUAGAAAUGUAAUCACACUUUGUCUUGGAAUUACAUUAAACUGUUUUAAGUCACUGC